CUGUCCCUCAGGAACUGCCAUGGGCCAAAAGGAAUGCAGUCACUCUGCAGGACCAUAUACAAAGAGCCAACAAGCUCAACAUGCCAGAGGAUCGGAGCUGAGAGUCAUUCUGGUGGGCAAAACCGGAACCGGCAAAAGUGCUACAGGCAACAGCAUCCUGGGGAAGCAAGCAUUUGAGUCCAGGCUGAGUGCCCAGCCCUUGACGAAGACCUGCAGUAAAAGUCGGGGAAGCUGCGGGGACAGAGAGAUGGUUGUUAUUGACACACCAGACAUGUUUUCUGGGAAGGACCCCUCUGAUUCCCUGUACAAAGAGGUACACAGGUGCUACUUACUCUCCGCACCAGGACCCCACGUGCUGCUCCUGGUGACACAGCUGGGCCGAUUCACCACCGAGGACCAGCGGGCUGUGCAGAGGGUGAAGGAGAUCUUUGGAGAGGAUGCCAUGAGGCACACAAUUGUCCUCUUCACCCGCAAGGAAGACCUCAAGGGAGGCUCCCUGAUGGAUUACAUCCAUGGCUCAGAUAACAAAGCCCUAAGCGCGCUGGUGGCUGCGUGUGGGGGGCGAGUGUGUGCCUUUAAUAACCGUGCUAAAGGGAGCAGUCGGGAUGACCAAGUGAAGGAGCUAAUGGCCUUGACCGAGAGCCUAGUGAUGGCGAAAAGGGGUGACCACUACAGCAAUAGGUUGUACAGCCUAGUAACAGGGUCUGAAUGUGGAACUGUGCAGUCAGAGGAGAGAUUACAGGAUUUCAAAGAGAGCUUUAUAAAGUACAUGGAAAUUCAGAGACAUUCAACCAUGGUCAAAGCCCUAAUCCUAAUAGUGAUGUGUAUUUUAUUGUGUAUUCAGGUGUUUGUCAGAUUGCAAACUCUGUUAUUUUGUGUAUGGCAUGGAAUGUGCAAUUUCUUUUACUGCUUACUGUUUAGCAUGUGCAAUUUAUUCUGUAGCUUACUGUUAAUUAUACCCCAAAAAUUAAUGAUAAUUUUUAGAAAGACCAUUAGACUGGAAUGCAAGACUCCUAUAUUAUAGUUACGAUCAGUGGUUCUUUAUCCACUGUCAUUUAGUGGGUGAAUCACACACUGUACCUCCCCUGUAAAAUACAGUGCCUGACAGCACUAAACGUUUGAGAUUCUGUGAAGUGCUUAAGUCUUAACAUCAUUCUAUUUGUUAGGGAACCAAAUGAUUUUAAAAGUUACUGUUUGUUUUGAAAUAUAUCUUUUGAAAGUUGUAAACAUAAAAUUCCUCUCAUUUGCAAAUCUCUAAAGUCAGUUUUAUGUUCCUAAAAACUCCU